AUGAUAAAUAACGAGAGAGAAAAUAAUUUUUUCCUUUUUUUUUUUUUUUUUUUCAGCUAUAUCGAGUCACACAAAAAUGAUUACGUAAAUAAUUUAAAGGAAGCUGUUGGAAUUAAAUCAGUAUCAGCAUGGCCGAAUCAUCGAGGGGAAGUGGUUAAAAUGGUUAAAUGGGUCGAAGAAAAACUCAAAGAAUUGGGAACAAAAUGCGAACUCAAAGAAUUGGGAAACGAACCUCUUCCCGAUGGAUCGUCCAUACCUUUACCACCUGUACUUUUGGGAACUCUCGGAGAAGACCCGAAAAAAAAAACGGUUUUGAUUUACGGUCAUUUAGACGUACAACCUGCCGAUAAAUCCGACGGAUGGGAUACCGAACCUUUCGAAUUGAUUGAAAAAAAUGAAAAAUUAUACGGUAGAGGUGCAACCGAUGACAAAGGACCCGUUCUAGGUUGGAUACAUGCUUUACAAGCUUUCAAAGGAAUCCAUUUGGAUAUUCCGGUUAAUAUUAAAUUCAUAUUCGAGGGAAUGGAAGAAUCCGGAAGUUUAGGUUUGGACGAAUUAGUUUUUUCAAUUAAGGAUACAUUUUUAAAAAAUGUCGACUACGUCGUCAUUUCCGAUAAUUAUUGGCUUGGAACUAAAAAACCUUGUUUGACCUACGGUUUGAGAGGACUCAGUUAUUUUUUCGUCGAAGUUGAAUGUGCCGUUAAAGAUUUACACAGUGGAACGUUUGGAGGAUGCAUAUACGAAGGAAUGCCGGAUUUGAUUUAUUUGCUAAAUACUUUGGUAAGCAAAGAUGGCGAAAUAUUAAUCGAUGGUCUCAUGAAAGACGUACAACCGGUUACGGAUGAAGAAAAAGGUUUAUACAACAGCAUUGAAUUUGAUUUAAUGGAUUUUAAACAAAGCGCCGGUUGUACGACAGUCAGACACAACGAAGAAAAAAACACUCUAUUGAUGCACAGAUGGAGAAAUCCAAGUCUUUCCAUUCACGGUAUCGAAGGAGCUUUUUCCGGUUUCGGUGCUAAAACUGUCAUACCGGCAAAAGUCGUUGGAAAAUUUUCAAUAAGAAUCGUUCCCAAUCAAACACCCGAAGAAGUCGAAAAAGUCGUCGUCGAUUAUUUGGAAAAAAAAUGGAAGGAAAGAGGAUCGGUCAACAAAAUGAAAGCUUACAUGUAUCACGGUGGUAAACCCUGGUUGUCGGAUCCCAAUCAUUUGAAUUACAAAGCAGCGAGUAAAGCCGUUGAAUAUAUAUUUAAAGUUAAACCUGAUUUGACGAGAGAAGGUGGGUCCAUACCUGUCACUCUCACGUUCGAACAAGCAACCGGUAAAAACGUUCUUCUCCUGCCCAUGGGUGCCGGAGAUGAUGGAGCUCAUUCCCAAAAUGAAAAAAUAGAUGUGAAAAAUUACAUCGAAGGAACAAAACUCCUUGGAGCUUAUUUGUAUGAAAUAUCACAAUUGUAA